GCCUACCUUUUUCAUCAAAUCCAAUAAAACUCAAGUUUCAAACCACAUCAACCUUCUUUCUUCCUUCCCUCUGCCACCCAAGAAAUGGCGAAGAAAGCAGUCUUGAUCGGAUGCAACUACCCCGGUACCAAGGCAGAGCUAAAAGGCUGCAUAAACGAUGUUCGGAGAAUGUACGAGUGCCUCGUCGAUCGCUUCGGCUUCUCUGAGGAAAACAUCAUCGUCGUCAUCGACACUGACGAUUCCCACACCAAGCCUACCGGCAAGAACAUCCGCAGGGUGUUGAAUGAUCUCGUGCGCUCUGCUGAGCCCGGUGAUUUUUUGUUUGUGCACUACAGUGGACAUGGCACCAGGCUUCCGGCUGAGACAGGGGAUGAUGAUGAUACCGGAUAUGAUGAGUGCAUUGUACCCUGCGACAUGAAUCUCAUCACUGGUAUGGCUGCGUUCAAUUUCUUGAUCAUCUUUGAUAAUUGGGUUCCUUAUGAUGACUUUAGAGAGUUUGUGGACAAAGUCCCAGAAGGUUGCCGCAUAACAAUUGUAUCUGAUUCUUGUCACAGUGGUGGGCUGAUUGAUAAGACUAAAGAGCAAAUUGGAGAGAGCACAAAGCCUCAAGAAUCGAGUUUGGGUUUUGGGAUCAAGGACUUCUUGCACCAGAAGGUACAAGAUGCAUUUGAAUCUCGAGGGAUUCAUGUCCCUUCUGAAUUGCGCCACCACCACCACCACCACUACCGCCAUGAGGAAGAGGAAGACAAUGACAGGGGAGUAGUUGAAGAAGGAUUUAGGGAUUAUGGCUAUGUGAAGAGUAAAUCUCUGCCUCUCUCAACUCUUAUUGAAAUACUAAAGCAGAAAACUGGUAAAGAUGACAUUGACGUGGGAAAGCUGAGGCCAACCCUUUUUGAUAUCUUUGGUGAAGAUGCCAGCCCCAAAGUUAAGAAAUUCAUGAAGGUCAUCUUGAACAAACUCCAUCACAGCGACAGCGAUGGUGAAAAUGGAGGUGGUGGUUUCUUGGGGAAGGUUGGUAGUUUGGCACUAGAGUUUCUCAAGCAAAAGCUAGACGAGAAUGAUGAGUCUUACGCAAAACCAGCCUUGGAAACAGAGGUGGGCAGCAAGCAAGAGGUUUAUGCUGGAUCAACCAAGCGCUCAUUUCCUGAUGGCGGGAUUUUGAUCAGUGGCUGCCAGACCUUCCAAACUUCUGCUGAUGCCAGUCCUUCCGGCGGUUCUGCUGAAGCCUAUGGAGCUUGUAGCAAUGCCAUUCAGACAAUACUUGCUGAGACAGAUGGUUCGAUUACUAACCAUGAGCUUGUUUCAAAAGCAAGGAAAAUGCUUAAAAGACAGAGUUUUACUCAGCGUCCCGGCCUCUACUGCAGCGACGAUCAUGUCGAUGCUCCAUUUAUUUGCUGAUCCUAAGCUGAAUGGUCCCUGAUAACAAAAACAAAAAUUAAUAAUUUGACCUCUGUGUGCAUUAUGAAGGGGGCUUGUUUGGUGUCCUUACUGUUCGGUUUGCCAUCUGGAUUUUGUGGACAGUAAAUCUUGAGCAAAAAU